AUGAUCGUCUUCCGAGAAGACAAAACUUACGAGGAAGAAAUUAAAACAUGGCAAUUUUGGCACAGCCGCCAACAUUCAGCCAAACAACGAAUUCUUGAGGUGGACAGCAAGAACAGCUCCGGAAUGAUCGGUCAAAUUGAAGAGAUCGCCCACAACGCUGUGCAAUUCUACUGGAAUCCCUCAGAAAACGGUGUCAAGGUAAUCGAAGAUUGUUUAGCUUUAGUACACUCUUCACUUUCGCUAUUGUAUUCAAGCAAUGCGGGAAUGUUUCAAGGCCAUAUACAAUUCUGA